AAAAAAAAAAGAAGAAAUAAAAGAAACAAAGGGGUGAUUGAUGGUCUUUUUUCCUUGGCACUCUGCCAAAUGAUAGGAAUGCUAAAUUGAGUUGUUGAGAUCAAAUGAGGGAGAGAAAAAUGCAAUCAUAUAGCAGUGAACAAGAUAAUGGAGAAAGUGUUGAAUCUAUGGAAACUGAGCAAGCAGAAACUGUUUCUGAUGAGAAGGCAAGUGAUAGGAGCCCAUCUUCCUCCUCCUCAAGCAAUGGUAACGGUGGGGGAAGAAGCCAAGCAGAAGUUCCUUCACCGUCAAAGAAGAAGCAAGUUUCAGAAACGGACACGUUGAAGGAGAGGUUUGCCAAGCUGCUCCUCGGCGAGGACAUGUCUGGUUGCGGCAAGGGUGUCUCUUCCGCGCAUGCCUUGUCCAACGCCCUCACCAAUCUCGCCGCUUCUGUAUUUGGAGAACAAUGGAAGCUAGAGCCAAUGUCGGAAGAGAGGAAGGCAAGGUGGAGAAGUGAAGUAGCAUGGCUUGUGUCUGUCACAGAUCACAUAGUCGAAUUCGUUGCUUCUGAGCAGAAAGGAAAAGAUGGAACUAACAUAGAGAUAAUGGUGACGCAGCAAAGGAAAGACCUCCUCACGAACAUCCCGGCACUGCGGAAGCUUGAUGCAAUGCUCCUUAACACGUUGGAUAACUUCAAGAGCGAGCAAGAAUAUUGGUAUGUCUCAAGAGACGCAGAGGAGUCUGAGAAAGGAGUUCAGAAAGGAGACAAGUGGUGGUUGCCUACGAUCAAGGUUCCCUCAAACGGCCUCUCAGAAGACUCGCGCCUCUUCAUGCAUGAGCAGAAGGAAGCGGUCAUUCAAGUGCUGAAAGCAUCCAUGGCCAUCAAUGCUAAGAUUUUAUCAGAUAUGAAUGUCCCUGAAAGCUACAUGGAAACUCUUCCAAAGAAUGGCAAAUCAUGCCUAGGUGAUGCAAUCUACAAAAGCAUAACUGAUGAGGUGUUUGAUACUCAACAGUUUCUCUCAACCUUAGACUUAUCAUCUGAAAAUAAAGUAGUUGAUAUCAAAAACAGAAUUGAGGCAUCUAUUGUCAUAUGGAAGAGGAAAAUGAAUCAAAAGGAAGCCAAGCCUUCAUGGGGUUUCAAUGUCAGUGCAGAGAAGAGAGAGAUGUUUGAGGAGAGAUUACGGACAAUCUUGCUCUUAUUGAAGCAUCAGUUUCCUGGUCUUCCACAAUCUUCACUUGACAUAACAAAAAUCCAGUACAACAAAGAUGUAGGGCUAGCGAUCCUCGAGAGCUAUUCGAGAGUGCUAGAGACCUCGGCUAACACAGUGAUGUCGCGUAUAGAUGACGUGCUAUAUGCUGAUUCUGCCGCAACGUCGCCAACAAAGAACAACGUCCCGAGCUUAGGAGACCAGCCAGCAGAGAAGAUGUGUUAUGCUGCAAACACACCAACUUCAAGUACACUUUUGGAUUUCAUUGGGUGGGGAGUUGAGCCUCCUGAGGCACAAGUGAAAUAGAAAAUUUUUGUUUUGAUGACAAUGGAAGUGUAUUUAGUAGUUCACCUUCAUUUGCAUGAAAGGUGAAGCAGAUGAUAACAGGAUGACGAUUACUUGAAAAAAUGGUUUUUAUGUACAC